AUUGCGCGGUCGUGCAAACGCCACAGCUCCCGCACAACUUUGUCAUUCGACAUAUUGGUCGAGUCAAUCCGCCUUUCGCGGUGUCUGCAGAGUUUUUCUGAACCGGCCGAGAAGAACCUUUCUUACUGCCCAACCACUCGUUGCCAGCUCCCUCCCCUCCCCCUUUGCCUGAUCUGAACUACUCAGAGCAAGGCCCCGCGCCCGCAAACGAUCCGACACUCGUUUUCUUGCAUGUCGACUUACUUUGAACAAACAAACCCCGGUUCGACUCCUGUCUUAACGGCGGCACGCUCGAAUUGGCCCAAAGUGCACCAGACCCCUCAGCGCGACUGUCGAUUACGAAACUUUGUACAGUACAUCCGGUCGGCACCCUGAUUUCUACUCCGGCGCGACGAUAACCAAACGCAAGCACGAUGCCGACCACGCUCGCCAAGCAGCGCAAGAUUGCCAUAGUUGGCAGCCGCUCAGUCGGCAAGUCUUCCCUGGCCGUCCGCUACGUCGACGGGCACUUCGUCGAGAGCUAUUACCCGACCAUCGAGAACACGUUCAGCAAGGAGAUCCGGUAUAAGGGCCAGGACUUCGCGACCGAGAUCGUCGACACGGCGGGCCAGGACGAGUACAGCAUCCUCAACUCGAAGCACUUCAUCGGCAUCCACGGCUACAUGCUCGUCUACAGCGUCUCAUCCCUCCAGUCCUUCGAGAUGGUGCAAGUGAUCCGCGACAAGAUUCUGAACCACCUUGGCACGGCCACGGUCCCGAUCUGCAUCGUCGGGAACAAGUGCGACCUGCGGCCGGAGCAGCGGCAGGUGACGCCCGAGGAGGGAAGGGCGCUGGCCGAGAAGUACAAGUGCGCGUGGACCGAGGCCAGCGCGCGCUACAACGAGAACGUGGCCAAGGCGUUCGAGCUGCUCAUCGGCGAGGUCGAGAAGUCGCAGAACCCGAGCGAGCCCUCGGACGGCGGCAAGUGCGUGCUCAUGUGAGAAGCUUCUUCCGCCCGCUCCCCCUGUCCUCUCUCUCUCUCUCUCU